AGAGAGAGAGAGAGAGAGAGAGAGAGAGAGAGAGAGGGAGGGAGCACAUGGCUGACUGCCUUUGAAAAGUGAUCUGUGCAGCCCAUAGACAAAGUCGCCGGCCGGCGAGUGUAGGACAAACCAGGAAGUCCACGCCUGCGUAGUGCUUACGCACAUGGUCAGGUGCCCACACACACACACACACACACACACACACACACACACACAUACACACAUACCCGGAACGGCAAGGCAGACUCAGAACGAGAGAGGAAUGGGGGAGGGAGGUCAGUCUCUUCACACGCACAUACACUAGCUGAUGUAACCGUGAAAAUGCCCUAAUCACAAUGGAGGGAUAUAUUUCCCAGGGGACGGCCCAGAGGUAGGAACCGUCGACUCGAGAUUCAUAACAGUGAGUGCCUAAGCUUUAAGAGACAAUAACACUACCUGGCAACAUGGCUCUUCUGACACAUGUGCUAGCCUGCCUGUUUGGCAUCGGCUCGUGGGUAGCCAUCAACGGCAUGUGGGUGGAACUGCCCUUGAUCGUGCCCGACAUCCCAGAGGGCUGGUACCUGCCCUCCUACCUCACGGUCAUCAUCCAGAUGGCCAACAUCGGGCCCCUGUUCGUCACCCUCAUGCACCGCUUCAAGCCCGGCGCGCUGGACGAGCGACCGGUCAUCUACAGCAUCGUGGGGCUGGGGGUGCUGGCCACGUUCCUGCUGGCGUUCCUGUGGCGGCACCGGACGUGGGUGGGCGACGCCGAGCACAGCGUGGCGCUGCUGGUGCUCAGCUUCCUGCUGUCGGUGGUGGACUGCACGUCCUCGGUCACCUUCCUGCCCUUCAUGAUGCGCCUGCCGCCCCAGUACCUGACCACCUACUUCACCGGCGAGGGCCUGAGCGGGCUGGUGCCCGCGCUGGUGGCGCUCGUCCAGGGCGUGGGCAUGGUGCAGUGCCACAACGCCACCCAGGAGGCGCUACUGCAGGGCAACGGCUCCCUGGCGGGGGUGAACAACGCGUCGUCGUCGUCGUCGGGCUGGGGAGUCGCCGGGGAGCUCAAGGCCGUGUACCAGCCGGCCAACUUCUCGGCGCAGGCCUUCUUCCUGUUCCUGAGCGUCAUGAUGCUGGUGUGCCUGGGCGCCUUCCUGCUGCUCAACCUCCACCCGGCCGUGGCGCGCGAGAAGCUGAGCCAGCGCUACAGCCCGGCGGCGGGGGUCGUCGGCGGCGGCGGCAGUGGCGGCGGCGGCUGCGGGGGGGAGAAGGGCGACAUGGGGCUGGGCCUCCAGAAUCCCACCCCGGAGCAGAAGCCCAUGCUGGGCCACCCGGACAUGGAGGACCACGCGGCGAUGGAGGAGCCGCGCAGCAGCUUCGGCAAGGGCACGUACAGUCGGCUGGAGGUGGCCUUCAUCUUCGUGGUGCUGGCCUGGGUGAACGCGCUGACCAACGCCGUGCUGCCGUCGGUGCAGUCCUACUCCUGCCUGCCGUACGGGAACCAGGCCUAUCACCUCGCCGCCACCAUGGCGGCCGUGGCCAACCCGGUGGCCUGCUUCAUCGCCAUGUUUGUGCCCAUCAGGUCUCUGGGGCUGAUGGCAUUCCUCACACUGACCGGUACUGGCUUUGGGGCGUACAUCAUGGCCAUGGCUGCCCUCAGCCCUUGUCCACUGCUGGUCCACACUCCCUCAGGAACAGCACUGAUUGUCAUUACAUGGAUACUGUUUGUCCUCACUCUCUCUUACGUGAAGGUGAUCAUUGGCGUCAUUCUGCGAGACGAGGGCCACAGCGCCCUCGUGUGGUGUGGAGCUGUAGUGCAGCUAGGCUCCAUGCUCGGUGCCAUGUCCAUGUUCCCUUUGGUCAGUGUGUAUGGACUCUUCACCUCAGGGGACCCCUGUAACACGAAGUGCCCGAAAUAACUACUGACAAAAAUGCACUGAUAAGAAUUUAUUUAGGACGUACCUGAUCGAUUCCUUUUUGGGAGGCCUUUAGGUUAGCAGUUGUAUAAAGUCUUUUUCAAGCGGGGCUGGCAACCUGCUUUGUUUUUGGGUCAUUUGACAGCACAAGCGAUGUACAACUAUUCCAAAGAAUGUGAUCAUACAGAUGCUUAUCCUCUGAACUAUCUGCUAUCAAAAGAAAUUGAAAAGCUCUGGUGUAGAAAGUUAAAGUCCUAUACUCCAUUGUCACAAGUCAGUAUCAAUCCAUACAGACAAAAUAUAUAUUGAUAUAUAUUUUAAAGUGUCAAACAUAUAUUGUGGGCCAAUUUCGAAUAUUUACAUAUAUUUCAAAAAUAUAUUGUGAAAAUAUAUUUCAAAUAUAUAUUUGUGUUGUGAAUGACCCUGUAUGGGCACACAGAACAAAAAUAUAAAGAAAUGGACAUACAGAAAAAAAGAAAUAUAUUCUAAGAGUAAAAAAUAUUGUCUUUGGGCCAAUUUCAAAUAUUUACAUAUAUUUCAAAAUAUAUUGUGAAAAUAUAUUUCAAAUAUUUGCUUUGUGUAUGGAAACGUUCAGUUGUCAGUUUAGUUGCUCCGUCAGUUACAAACACAAAGACUUACAAUAAGUACCCAAGAGGACUGUCUCUCUAAACCUGGAUUUUCCAUGUCUUUGCAUUAUAUUGUAACCACAAGCUGUAGGGUGCUCAAUAAGAUCAACAGCAGAUCUGAAAGUGCCAGUUACACACAUUGGGUAAUUCCAGAACACUUGGUCGUAAAGGUUAAAUGGUCGAAAUGUCAAAACCUCAUCAACACCACAGUUACUGUUACUAGCGGAGAGCUAUAGUGCCUUAAUUUAUGAGUUGUUACUGUAAGGUUUAAAGUUAUAUCAUUGAACAGUUUACAAGACCAUGUUUUAUCAUUUUGUGUGUCUCUUUUGAUAUUUGCCGGUAUUUGCAUAUAUAUUGCAUGUCUUUUUUUUUAAAUAAAGUUUGUCAUGGUCAAAUUGAAUUCCUUUGUUUCAUUUCUGAAGUA